ACAGUUUUGCUUGCUUUAGCCUGGGCAGAGUAUCUUUGGGGUGUGAUUAGGCCCUACAGAAAUCAGUGUUCCUCCCUCGGUUGUAGUCUGUAAAAUUUUCUUUCAUGGAGUACUCUUUUACUAUAUCCUGUAAAACUGUUCUACAGGAUGGCUUCUCAAGUAGUUAAUUAUGGGUAUGGGUAGACAUUUAAUACUUUUGUUAGUACUUGAUGAGACCCAAUGCCCAGGAAACACCAUUUGCUGCAUGAGGAGGCUUCUCUGCUUUCCAGAGUAUUGGAUCGUCCAGCAGACAGCUUGAUCAAGUCAAUAUCUGCAGUUCCCAUAUCCAAAAAAGAAGAAGUAGCAGAUUUCCAGCUUGCCCUGGAUUCUUUAUUAGAAGACCACAAUAACAAAUCAAGACUAGAUAUUCAGCUUCAAGCCAAGAAACUGGCAGAGAAGCUUAAAUGUGAUGCUGUGGUGAGUGCAAUCAGCGCUGGUCCAGGGACUCUAAAUUUCAAAAUAAACAGAGAACUGUUAACAAAGACAGUGCUGCAGCAAGUAAUUGAAGAUGGCUCAGAAUAUGGGUUAAAAAGUGAGCUUUUCUCUGGCCUUCCCCAGAGGAGGUUUGUGGUUGAAUUCAGUUCUCCUAAUGUUGCCAAAAAAUUUCAUGUUGGACAUUUGCGCUCCACCAUCAUCGGAAAUUUUAUAGCAAAUCUCAAAGAAGCUUUAGGCCAUCAAGUAACAAGAAUAAAUUACAUUGGAGAUUGGGGCAUGCAGUUUGGUCUUCUGGGAACUGGUUUCCAGCUGUUUGGCUAUGAAGAAAAGCUCCAGUCCAAUCCCUUACAACAUCUCUUUGAAGUUUAUGUACAAGUUAAUAAAGAAGUAGCAGAUGAUAAAAAUAUAGCAAAAUUGGCACAUGAAUUCUUCCAGCGAUUGGAACUGGGUGAUAUGCAGGCACUUUCACUGUGGCAAAGAUUUCGGGACUUGAGCAUUGAAGAGUACAUUCGGAUGUACAAGCGUCUAGGAGUAAAUUUUGAUGAAUAUUCUGGAGAAUCAUUUUAUCGUGAAAAAUCUCAAGAUGUCUUAAAGUUGAUGGACAGCAAAGGACUUCUGCAGAAAACAAUAAAAGGAAAUGUUGUAGUGGAUAUCUCUGGGACCGGUGACCCUUCUUCUUUCUGCACUGUCAUGCGAAGUGAUGGAACUUCUCUUUAUGCAACCAGGGAUCUUGCAGCUGCAAUAGAUCGCAUGGACAAGUAUAAUUUUGAUACAAUGAUUUAUGUGACAGAUAAAGGGCAGCAAAAGCAUUUUCAGCAAGUGUUCCAAAUGCUGAAGAUGAUGGGAUAUGAAUGGGCGGAAAGGUGCCUGCAUGUACCUUUUGGAAUAGUGAAGGGAAUGAAGACUCGAAGAGGGGACGUCACUUUUCUGGAAGAUGUCUUAAAUGAGAUUCAAUCAAGAAUGCUAAAAAACAUGGCUUCCAUUAAGACAACGAAGAAACUGAUGAACCCACAGGAGACUGCAGAGAGGGUUGGGCUGGCAGCUCUCAUCAUUCAGGACUUCAAAGGCUUACUCUUAUCUGACUAUGAGUUCAGCUGGGAUCGUGUUUUCCAGAGUCGUGGGGACACUGGAGUCUUUCUACAGUACACCCAUGCCCGCCUCCACAGUUUGGAAGAGACUUUUGGAUGUGGUUAUCUGAAUGACUUCAACAUUGCUUGCUUACGAGAGCCACAAUCUCUUUUAAUUCUCCAGCAUCUUCUCAGUCAUCUUGCAGCUGUGGCACACAAAACCCUCCAAAUAAAAGACAGUCCUACUGAAGUGGCUGGGGCCAGACUUCAUCUUUUCAAAGCUGUCCGUUCUGUCCUAGCCAAUGGAAUGAAACUUCUUGGAAUAACCCCUGUAUGUAGGAUGUGAUUUCUAAUUAAAGUUGUUUUAAAAAAUA